AUCCAUCUCCGCGCGUUUCCGAACAACCCAACCAAGCGUUCGUUGCUAUCAAUCCAUAACUGGACUCGGACGCCUUGAAGAUCUCCCGACGCUGUAGACGUAAGCAUCAAUAUGCCUCCCAUUCGCAACGCGACGGCUCCCAAGCCGAUGAAGACCGAAAGGACGCACGAGGAGAAUCAAGAAAGAGCUUACGUUGCAGCCUCCCGCAGGAGUGAUCGUAGCUUGGAGGCCCGUGUUGAGAGCGCUCGUCGUGCUUCAGAGAUUCACAAGCGCCGUACGGGGCGCUCUCUCAAGGUCGACGAGCAGAGUGUCCUAAAUGAAGAUAUGUACGAGGAGGAAGACGAUGAUCUCCCAGCGCAGAUGCGACGCCUGACCGCACACCUUUCGAUGACUGGUGCCGGCGACUUCCACAGGCGCUUCCAGGCUUAUAUGGCGCAACAUGUCGCCAUGCGUCAACAUCUCGGCGGCGCUGCCGGAGACUGGCAGCAGAACAAUCAAUACAACAAUUAUAAUGGCCAAUAUAUGAACCCCGGCAUGAUGCAGAUGCCGCCGCAAGGGUAUCAACAGCAGAUGUAUCAGCCACAGAUGGCACAACGGUCGCCUGUCAAUUAUCGGCCGGCACCGUACCCAAUGCACAGCAACAUGAUGCAGCACACCAUGAGGCCGAACACGCACAGCCGUUCUAUGUCCAUUGCGAUGCCACAGGAGAUGGCCAACUACCAGCAGGCGCAAUUACAACAGUCACAGUCGGCGCAGGUCAGCCCUGUAGAGGUCAAGCAUAUGGACGAUCGACGAAUGUCGUUGCCCGCGCAUGCCGCUAUGCCGCCAACACCGCAGUCGCAUCGUGGAUCUCACGAUUCUCCAUCCUUGUCGCGUACUGGCUCCUCAACAAACCUAGCGACACCGCAUGCUUUCUUUAAGCCAACCAGCCAGUCGCCACCGCAGAUGGCCGCAGUCCCUCAGCAGCAACAGCAGCCGUUCCAGCAAACCUGGUCCUCCAACACCAGCCCGUUGUCCAUGACCUUGCCACCCAACAUGGAGCAGGUCCUCGCCGACAACCCUGCCUUCAUGAACGAUCCUACCAUGUCGGCCAUGAUGCCCCCUCAGAGUGGCAUAACGCCGCGCCCAGGCUACUCAUAUAAUCCCAAUGGCAAGCCACGCGAUAAGAGCAGUGGCUCUUCGCCCUCGCAGAAGGCUUUCGAAGGCCUUAGCCAGACGUUGAUGCCAUCGUCAUUGGAUACGGGCAACCUUACCAUGUUUGACAACAGUGCAUUCACGACGUCGCCACAGUCUGCCAACAAUGAGCAAUUCUUCUCGCCGCAGACUCCUCACGCCUUCGCCAUGGGCUUUGACAGUGCUGCCACUGGUUUUGACAUGUUCAGUGGCACCGGCAUGUCAUCGCAGAGCCAGAGCGGCCACGUCACACCGCAGGAAGUCGAGAAUUGGAACUCCUUCCUCAACUUCGCCGAUGACCCUGUUCUCGGAUACGACUCAGCUGCUGUAGUGUGAGCGAUGCCGUUGCACGCAUACCACACUACCACGCUUCUGCGUCUUCCCAUCCGUCCACACUGGUUGCCACCAUGCCGCGUUACCACGUCCACGACGUCCAUUUAGUCGUCAUCAUCCGCAGGCCGCCUGUUGUGGUCAAUGGCGACGCUGGACAAUCCAUUACUCGACAGAAUUG